AACGGCACUUUAUUUUGUAGUAAGUAAAAUAUAACUACCGUAUACAUUUAAAAUGAGUAAUCUUGUUCUAGUCUACUGGGACUUGAGAGGUAUCUGCGAGCCUGCAAGGAUGAUUUUGGAGUACGGUGGCAUGGAAUAUGAAGAUAGAAGGUUAAAAAUAGCAGAGGCAAAAACAUGGUUUGCUGAGAAGUUCUGUUUGGGAAUGGAUUUCCCAAACUUGCCGUACCUAAUUGAUGGAGACAUAAAGCUUACCGAGAGUUGGGCAAUUUACAGAUAUCUAGGGAAAAAGUUGAAUCUAUUUCCAUCAUCAGAUGAAAAUCAACGCCAGGCAGAUAUGCUUCAAGGCGUCAUUAAUGACAUCAGAUCGGCAUUUGCUAGAAGCAUGUAUAAUGUUGACCUCUAUGAUAAAAUUGAUGAGAUCCGUAAGAAUCAGACGGCAAAGAUAGAUAUGAUGGAAAAAUAUUUUACAGAUCGGAAAUUUCUGCUCGAAGAUGAUUUGAGUUUCCUUGAUUUUGCUUUGUACGAAACUUUUAAUCACCACCGUCUUUUCUUCACUGAUAUUUUUGACAAAUCACCCGGUAUUCAACGAUUCAUGGAUGAAUUCGAAUCCAUGAAACCGAUCUCCGAAUAUUUAAAGUCUGAUAGAUACAGAAAAUUCCCGAUAUAUGGUCCCAUGGCUACUUGGGGCGGAAAAUCGGAAAAUGACAGGAAACAAGUAGCGAACUUAUAGCAGCGAGUUAUCUUCCAAUAAUGUUCAUAAUAUACAAGAAGUCUGCUUUUAUACUCCGAUAUUUGUAAGAAUUACAUACUUAAAAAGUUGAAAAUGUCAAAAAAGAGGCUAGAAUAAAAGUAUUUGUAACAGUUUGUCCGUUAAUAAAAUUUACAUUG